UGAUAAUUAGUACAUACAUUGUAUUGCAGGCAUUUACAGUUUUGACAUGGUGUUCUGCUGUUUCAACACCAACCUCUCUACUUUUUUGCCCAGUCCACCAUCUCUGACAAUGUAUUUUGACCACAGAUGUCUGCCAGUACCUGCAUCAGUGAAUGUGUCCCACAGCCCACUGCAAUGCCAGCCACAAUCCAAUGUGUUCAAUGCCUUGUUUUCCAUUCUCAAAAGCUGUUUUUGCACAUGCAGUGGAGGCAUCAUAUAUGGACCUGUGUGUUGAGAGGAGUAUUGAAUUCAAUGGAAGAAAAUUUUGGAGGGGAAGUUGCAGGGCACAUAAGAGAAGGAGUGUCUUGUG